AGUGUGGCAGCAGACAGAAGUGAAGCAUGAAGCUGAGAACACAGAGAGACGCGAGAUCCGCCUGUGACAACUGAGCUAAGCUGCUGCUGAAUGAUCAGAAACGAUGAGGAAUCUUUUCUUUUCUGUUGUCUUUGUUCUCUGUCUCAGUGGAUCACUUCAAAAUAAAAAGCGGGAGAACAACUCUGUGGUUGUUCGUCCUGUAGGCAGGACAUUUAGAGGGGAGCUGUUCAUUGGGACGAAUGUCAAUCUUGUCCUGAAUGGGACUCAAGCUCCCAUUUUGUCCAGUUCCACUCCAGCACUGCGGUUACUCAGCAACAACACAGCAGGAUACCUCCUCGGGCCCCUGAGCACCCGGGUCAUACCCAUUAUUUAUGUGUUGGUGCUCAGUGUCGGGAUCCCCGCCAACGUUGCCAUCUUGUGCACGUUGGCCUCUAAACUGAGGAAGGUGUCCUCUGCCAUCCUCUACUGCAGCCUGGCAGUGUCCGACCUCUUCCUCCUCCUCUCCCUCUUCUUCAAGUCUCACUACCAUCUCCAUGGAAACCACUGGGCUCUCGGAGAGGCCGCCUGCCGGGUGGUCACGGCCUGUUUCUAUGGCAACCUGUACUGCUCGGCCCAGACGCUGGGCUGCAUCAGCAUCAAGCGCUACCUGGCUGUAGUGCACCCGUUCAUGUACAAAAGUCUCCCGAAGCAGAUGUGCACUGCCUGGGUCACGUUGGUUGUAUGGGUGGUGUUUGGUCUUGCUGUUGUCCCCGAGCUCCUCAUCCGGCAGAGCUACUGGAUCCCUGAGAUAGGCCGCAUCACCUGCCAUGACAUACUGACAUACAAUGACUCCCACAUCUUCCUGCUCUACUACAACCUGUUCCUGAACAUCUUUGGUCUCCUGGUGCCGCUGGUGGUCACGGUUGUGUGUUACACCCGAAUUGUCUUUGAGCUCACACAGUCACACCAUGACUGGGCAAUGUACAUCAAGGCCAGCUCGCUGGUGUUUGUCAUCUUUGUGGUGUGUUUCACCCCUGCUGCAGUCCUGCACCUCCUCCAUUAUGUGCAACUGUCUGUGGGUGGAACUGAGAGUUUAUAUGUGUACUUUAAUGUGGCGGUGUGUUUGUGCUGCCUCCAUGCCUGUCUGGACCCCUUCCUCUUUCUCCUCAUGUCCAAGUCUUCAGGCUCCAGGCAUUACUUCAGGGCCUUUAAAGGCAAGACCAUGAGCUUGUCUGUCUGAUGGAUCCCUGCUGGACAAUAGCAAAAACUGGUUAUGAUUUUCAUUUUGCAGCUGAUGAAGAGGGAAAUGUUCUCUGUGACUGGAAUCAAAGAGGAAGUUAAAUGACAUCAGCUCUGUUUCUAUUGUAGUAAACACAAAGGACUUGUUGCAUCAACUGGAUAAAAUGCUACUGCAGAAAGAAUUAUUGCUAUUAAUAUACUGUAUAUUAAUUCAUGUAUAUGUUUGUGGUUUAACUGCUGUUUUUAAUAUUUUCAUUCUGAUGAAACUGAUGAAAAUGUGCUUUUGUGUUGAAGCAUUUCCUGUGGGGGGCCAUUUAUAGAUAAAGUAAUGGAGUGAAGCAGCCUGACAUUAGAAAAUAAGCCUUCAAAGCCUUUAUUUAUUCCUGUAAUCAGCCUGUCGAUUAAAACAGUAACUGUCUAUUUUGUGUUAAUUGUUUGUCCUUCAUUAAAAUGCCUCCUCCAUUUUCUAGAACAUAGAUUCUCAGUACAUGUACUAGUUUUAGAUAUAUUCUUAGUGUUUCUGAAUCUAGAGCUUUGUUUAUCAUUAAUGCCUGAACAAUAAAUUUCAACUAUGUCUCAUCACUCCCCCCCCACUGAGCUGAUAUUUUCUGCUCACCCUGUUACAGGAUGUGGGGUGGCGCACCGCACAAAAACACAGGCAGACUUUUAUAGCUUUGGAAAAAAUUUCUAAGGUGUUACAGAAAUGUUGUGCAUGUGACUUUAUGUCUGCAAAUAAAUAUAAAGUCUGCAGCUAAAAUUGAAAUACACCAACCAUGUGAUUGUGUUAAUAUUGUACUAAAAUGUCAGAUUUAAAAAAAUCAUGAAGCUCUGUAGGGUUUGUGGAACUCCUCCCAUCAGACUGAAAUUCGUCUGGCUGAGAUGUAGUUUUGAUGCUUCUGCUACGACGGUUAUCGUAUUAAAUGACCUUCAUGCCUUAAAAUAUUAGGCAAUCACCGCAGCUGUAAAAAGAAGGUUGAGAUAAGUCACAGUUUACCCUACGAGUUCAGAUCUGUCUUCUGUGUUUGAGAGUAAAGGCUAGAUAUGUGUUGUGCUGGUUUGUCACACGCACCCUGGCAUCUUCACCAUAUUUAUGUCAAGGACCACAGUAGAAAUAAGGCAUUUUUAUAGUUCUUUAGUUUCAUGUAUGGCAAAACAUUUUUCUCACAAU